CGCAGUGCCGGCCUCCUGCGCCCGCCAGCCCGCCCGCUGCAGUGUUUACAUCCGCGCCCUCCAGCUCGGCCCUGCUCGGCUCAGCCCGGCCCGGCCCGGCCCCGAUCCCGCGCCCGGUCCCCGCCCGCGCCCCCCGGCAGUGUCAAUGCGGCGCCGCCGCGCAGCGCCCUCGCCCCGGCCAUGGACACGAGCGACUUGUUCACGAGCUGCAAGAAGGGGGACGUGAGCCGCGUGCGGUACCUUCUUGAACAGAGAGAUGUGGAAAUAAAUGUCCGGGAUAAAUGGGACAGUACACCUCUAUACUAUGCUUGUCUCUGCGGGCAUGAGGAGCUUGUACGUUAUCUUCUAGCCAAUGGUGCAAAAUGUGAAGCUAACACUUUUGAUGGUGAGCGUUGCUUGUAUGGGGCUUUGAGUGAUGCGAUCCGCCGGCUCUUGAAGGAGUACAAGCAGAUCACGGCCAAGUGCAUGAAGAGAGAUUACUAUGAUGUCUUUCUGCAGCGGCUUCUGGAGCAGGGUUACCAGAGUGACAUUGUCUUCAUCGUGCAUGGGAAAUCUUUCUGUGCCCAUCGUUGCAUCCUCAGUGCCCGUAGCGCCUACUUUGCUGAAAUGUUCGAGACUAAGUGGAAAGGGAAGAACAUGAUCGCGCUAAAGCACCCGCUGAUCAACCCAGCAGCCUUUGGAUCUCUCCUGCAGUAUCUAUACACAGGUGGACUAGACCUUGACGUUGAAUACGUGAGCGACUGCAAGAGACUGGCCAAGCAGUGUCGGCUGCAGGAUCUCAUUGAGGAUUUGGAGACCAAGUGUAAAAAGGUCUAUGAAUUUGUCUCUUCCAAGCCAGGGACCUGUGUGAAAGUGCUGACAAUUGAGCCCCCUGGUAACUGCCGGCUCCAGGAGGACCUGGCUCUACUUGCAGACUGCGCCCUGCCAGCUGAACUGCGGGUGGGUUUUGGGGAGCUACCAUUUGACAGCACCGACAACUUCAACUGCUGCCCUGAUGUGUGCUUCCGAGUGGCAGAAUACAACUUUCUGUGCCAUAAGGCAUUUUUCUGUGGCCGCAGCGAUUACUUCAAAGCCCUUCUUGAGGAUCACUUCUGUGAGAGCGAGGAGCUGCAGACGCAGCCCAGCAUCCCCGUGGUGACGCUUCAUGACAUCUCGGAAGACAUCUUCAUACGAGUUCUCUACUACAUUUACAGCGAUGACACCGAGCUGUCUCCAGAGAAUGCCUAUGAGGUGCUGUGUGUAGCAGACAUGUACCUGUUGCCGGGGCUCAAACGUCUGUGUGGGAGAACCUUGGCUCAGACCCUUGACGAGGAUAACGUUGUGAACAUCUGGAGGAUUGCAAAGCUGUUCCAGCUGACCCGGCUGGAGGACCAGUGCACGGAGUACAUGGCAAAGAUCAUUGAGAAGCUAGUGGAGUUGGAGGAGUUUGUGGCUGCAGUGAAGGAGAAUGCCGAGGCGGUGGAGGAACGGCAGGAGACGGAUUCCAUCCCUCUCGUUGAUGACAUCCGCUUCCACAUCACCAGCAACGUGCAGACUUACAGUGCCAUCGAGGAGGCCAACCAGAAACUGGAGGCACUGGAGGACCUCCUGGCCAGUAUAGGGCUCGAGUGCUGAAGUCUGAAAUCUGGCCUGUCACGUGCAGUGAGCAGCUCGCACGGCCCCAUGCUGGUGGACUCUGAGUGCAAGAACAUUUGUGUCUUAGUCAAAUGUUUGUCUUUAUUUCUCUCCUCCUUCCCACCCCCUGCCAGGCAUGGCUUCCUUUUAACUUAUUCAUGUCUGGACAUUUGCAUGUUUAUUUUCCAGGAUAGGAUCCCAAAGUGCCCCAGCUCCACAGUUACUGCUUGUACCAUCCAGCACUGAUAUGUGGCUGCAAACCCUAAGGGUAACAGAGUUGUACUGUAGGGGGUUCAAACCAGAGCAUUUUUUCCCCAUUACCACCUGCAAGGGAACCGAACUGGAUUAAACUUGGUGUGAAGGAAAUUCUUAGAAAUAACCAGCUUGUCUUUCCCUUUCACUGUCCUGGGGUGAUAGCAGAAAAAAUGGCAUUUCCUACCAGGGCCACAGGAAUGUUCUCACAGGAGGCACAAACUGUCUGCACACAUUGCUCCUAUUUUUGUGCACAAACAACUAAGUUAGUGUACAGUGCUGCUUGUUUUGGGUUUUUUUGUCCUUGCCUCCAAACUGGCACUUAGAUUUGCAUGCUCAGGGUUGUGCAUGGGAAUUCAGGUUUUCAGUCCAUGUUCUGGCACAUUGACACUUUUCUUGGUCAAGGCAAAUGGACUCCUGAUAUUUCUUUUCCUGGUAUUGUGUACAAUGUGCAGCUUUGGAAGCCAAAAGUUUUAGCUUCUGAAAAGGAAUUGAGAGAAGUGCAAAAUAGACCCGCAGCAGAAAGAGACAGCUUCCUAAGGAGCCAGCAGCUUUUCAUUUGCACUGAAAUAGAGGUUCUGCCUUUUGUGCCUCUCUCUUGGGGAAUAAAUGCCUUUCCUCUCAGAGCUGGCACUUCUGUUGGCCUGUUGUGUCGGGGUGAAGGUGAGACUUGUCAGGCAGGGGGGUGGGCUGGUAAUUUAGAAAAGGAAAAGGGAGACUUUCAGAAUGCCUCAAUCCAUCUCUUUUGCUGUCUCACCUUUUGACUUUGCUUAGGUUAUAAAAACCUUGAAGCUUAUUGUUCUUCAGGAAGCUCUCUGUUUGUUUUGAAUGUGUUUAUGGAGGCUUCUUCCCCCGGGAGAUGGUAUCUUUCAGGAGUCUGGUCUCCCCUUGCCUUCCAGUGUGGGAUGAGGCUGUUCUCUCUCCUCACCAGGCAGCAGGCAACGUUCUUGUAUAAAAUACACCAAAUCACUGGGACUUGUUCUUGGAGCUGUUCUAGUGAUGGAAACUUAGAAUUGCCAAGGAUUUUGCAGAGCCCUUUGUCACCAAGGCUCUUUGGGAUUGUUGAGAAGAAAGAAAGGAUGCUUUUUUGCAGUAUCUUAAGCAUAGGAGGAAAUAAACUGGGCUGCAUGAACUGCUCGGGAAGCCUUGUACUAACAGUGCUGCCAUCACCGAUGGAUGUGGCUGUUCUAUAAUAAUUACACGAGUCAUUGUGUUUUUAAUAUUUGGAGGUGAUAUUGCUUGCUUAGAUAAUUGAAUCUGGGCUCCCGUCUGCUCCUCUGGCUAGGAGCGUUCUUCCAACAUAAGCUCAGGAAGGGGUUUAAGUUCCCUUGCAUAGGAUGGGUUGUGCUGUCUUGUGACUUAUGCCUUACACUUUUGAAUCUGCAGGCCUGACUUCUGAAACGGCUCAAGUAGUUGGUGAAAGUGCAUGGGGUCAUCCAGGUGUAGCUGUGAUUAUAAAGUUGCCACAGAAUUUGACCAGUAGACUGCUCCAGAGCAGCUCGGUGUUGGUGAAAGAGCAGGUGCUGCCUGCCAGGUUUGAAAUGCUGUUCAAGCAGUUCCUGCUUCCAUUUCUGCUUGCAACACCCAUGUCAAAACACAGGGAGUUUUCUGGUUUGCUCUCAGCAAGGGUGAAGCCUGCAGCAUGUUGGGUUUGGAAGAGUGACAUACAUUUGUGUUCUGCUUGGUUCGUUGCUUGGAGCACUUUGACUUUUGUAGUCACCGUCUACAAAAGUGAGAACAGUGGUGAGAACAGAAGGAGGAGGUUCCACGAGGCUAAAUGACCAGAGCUGGUGAAGGGUGUCUCGGCUGAGACCUGAGUUGGAACGAGUGAUACUAAAACCUUUAUUUUUGUCGAGUGAAGGAAUGGUGGUGUCCCACCCUUUGUGAGGUGCUGGGUUCUUCAAAGAUUUGCCUAAGAAACGUAUUAGGCCAAAAUGAUGAAUCCCUUCACCAGGCUAGUUCAGUUAUGUAUUUUCCUUCCCUCGAUUGCUACAAGUGACAUGAAAUAUAUACAGGUUGAUUUUAGUUUAUUGACUCCUUUUGGCUUCUGCUGCAUAAAUUCCCCUUCUUGCAAUGCUACCAUCCUUUCUUGCUCACCGAUGGUCACGGGCCACUGACUUAGAUGGAGCAGCACAAGCAUGGCCUUGGCCUUUGACCUCAGAGCAUGGUGGGUUUGGGAGUUCGGUGGUGAAUGAAAUCCAGAAAUGGAACUGUUGAGAAACGUGCUCCCACUUUCCUCUGUAGGGGUCUUUACUUUUUAAAAUGAGGACAAUGGUGUGGGACCGGAUUAAAAUAGCUGAACUACUCUGAAAUAUUUUCUAUGUGACCACCAGUAUGUGUUUCCAUUCCUGUAUCUUUAAAUGUGGAGCCAACAAGGAUAUAAUUAUUGCAGGAUAAAAGGUCAGUGGGGCUUUCUAGUUGUCCUGGGAAUGCAGUUCCUCACAAACUGUCAGCAUGCCAAGAAGAUUCAGAAAAUAUUGUAGUUUUGCUUGCAAUUUUUGGGGCAAAACCUCUGAACCCAACUGGAUUGUCCAGUCACUCAGAGCAUCUUUCAGUUCCUUGCCAUUGCAAAACAGGGUUAUGAAGAAACACAGAUAAGCAACUGCUUAGCAUACAACCAAUUUUUUACCUGGUCAGACUCACUCUAUUCUUGAUGGUUGCAAAUAAUUUUAUUACGAGGUAAAUUAGUUAUUUUUUUUCUUCUAUUUGUGUGUCCUUUUUUUGUGUUCCCUAUUGUGUGUUGUCCCUGUCCUUUUUAUUUACCAUUAGCCAUGGGUUGAAUUAAGGAGACUGUAAAGUGCAUCAGAGCAGCAAUAUAUUUAAAAAUUGUAAUGUGUAAGCAUGUGUGCAGCAAUAAAAAAAUAUAUAUUUCA